UCAAUUAUUAAUACCAGAGGGUAUUUUUGUCUUUUUAUUUACCUCAUUCUCGAGCAAUUGUUCUUAUAUAUAAAUGGUAUAGAGCAAAAUAAUGUGCAACAAACAACAAAUUCAUAAUAUUCUGAGAAUAUGGAGUCCCAGCAGCAGGAGCCUCUCAGGGAAGUUAAGAAGCCUGCAGGCUUGGGCAACGUGUUCUGCAAGAUGGGUGAAGGUUGGACAUGUGUGAUUACUAGAACUGAUGGGCCUGAUGCUGGAAAAGUUUAUGUUAAAUGCGGUGAAAAUUGCACCUGUACAAUGGAAGGUGAAACUGUGUCCAAAGAUGUGGUGAGUAGCAGUGGCAGUAGUGGCGGCGAAGCAUUCUGCAAGUGUGGUGAAGGGUGGAGUUGUGAGAUUACCAGGACUGAAGGCCCAGAAAAAGGUUCAGGCAAGGGCUUUGUUGAAUGCUCUCAAGAGUAUAACUGUGCUUGUACUGUUUAAUUGACUCGAGAGAAAUGAAUCAGGGGAAGUCAAGUGAAUGUGUAGUAAACUGAAGGUAUAAAAGUGUGAAAAAAAUGGUGUGAAAAAACAAGCAGCUAUAAAAUAAAUUGUGUUGAGCAAAGGAGCUGUUACCAGUGUUGUGUGUGAUAAGUAAUGAAGUUGUUGGUUGCCAAUUUGUUUGUGCCUUGAGCAGUUACAUUACCAAAUAAAGGAUCCUAAGAUGAAUGCCAAAUGUUUCAUUGAGAA